GCGACGCGCGCCGCCGUCGCCGCCAUCACCAGGACCACGCGUUCAGCUCGAUCUACCCCGUCACUUUCAUCCAGGUAGGUAGGUAUAUGGCUACCAAGUCAACCAGCACUAGCAAGAACACCUCGUAUUGACAGCAGAUCUGCCAGAUUUACUUGUCUUGUUCAUCAUAGUCUUUCUUCUCCUCCACCCUCAUUCUAUUUCACCCUUUCCGAGUGCCACUCCUCCCUAUCGGCAUCGCUUCCCUUGGAGAUCUCGCCAGAAAUGGUGGACUCGAAUCCUGUCCCUUCAUCCUCACCAGGGUUUGGAACCCCCGCCUUCCCCUUCCGAAAGAGCAGGCCCAGUGCGCUCCCUACAAGGACGUCAAUCCUCCCCAUACUGCUUCCUCCUUCGACUCUCCGGCCUGUGGCCUUCCGUACUUUCACCCGCAAGCACAACCUGACGAUUUCAUCCUCUGCGCUUCAAACUCUAGCGGCAUUCGUGGGAAAGCAUUGUGGCUCGGGAUGGCGCGAAGAGGGUCUCGCAGAAAGGGUACUCGAUGAAGUGGCCAAGGGCUGGAAAAAAGCUGGUGGUGGCGUCAUUGUCGAUGAAGGUAAAGGGGCCUCGCUGAGAGCUAUUUUACAGACCUUGGAGGGUAAUAUGAGUGGGGGUAGGGUUGUUCCUGGGAAGCAGACUUCGGCAGAUGAGGUCCCUGGGGGAACGACAAGCCCGGGUCAGGGCAGCAGACGCUCGAGAACAGAGACCCCAUUAUCUGCGACGAUAGCGCCGGAAGGUGAAGAUUUAGUAGAGAGCCCCGACUCAACCUCACACCCGAGACAUUGGAUCAGGGUCAUUGAAGCAUUUGAAAUUCCCCGAUUGACCUAUAAUGCGGACAAGAAAUACUUCGAAGUUGCGAGAUCGAAACCCACGCUAUUUCCUCCGUCCUCUCAGAGGACUAAUCUGUUCAGAGACCGUUAUAACAUUGUUCAUCAACGUUUGCUUCGGCACGAGUCGUUCCAGUUACCAUCCAGAUCUUCCGGCAUGUUGCAACAAUCAUCAUCUUUCUCAGCGUUCAGUCAAGGCUACAAGCUCACACCAAUCGCAAAUCUACUCGGGAGGAAUGGUACAUCACACCUGAUUCUCGGCUUACUUUCGGUGUCACCCACGGGAGACCUGACUGUGAGUGACUUGACUGGGAGCAUCGCUCUGGAUCUUAGACACGCGCGAAUGGUGCCUGGAGAUGGUGCCUGGCUUGCUCCGGGCAUGUUUGUCCUCGUCGAUGGAAUUUAUGAAGAAGAGGAGAACAUCAGGGGAUCUACCCUGGGCGGUAAUGCCGGGGUGGGGGGAGCCAUUGGGGGGGUCUUCAUGGGCGUUUCCAUAUGUGGCCCUCCCUGUGAGCGACGGGAGACAUCGCUGGGGAUGAAUAACCAACAAAAUGGCAGAGAGGUCAGCUCUAGUGGAGGCCUCGGAUGGAUUGAUUUUCUGGGAGUCGGGAGUGAGCGUGCACGUGGUCCAAGAAUGAGACAGAUUGAGGCACAAUAUCUACAAGACGCGCAUGGAAGCGCCAAGAGUGGUCGCCGGCUAAGAGUGGCCGUUCUGGGCGAAGUGAACCUUGAUAAUAUGCGGACUUUCGAUGCGUUGAGGAGAGUUUUCGGUGUUUAUAAUGAUUUGCGUCUGGAGGAGCGGCCAAGCAUAUUCGUCCUGACCGGAAACUUCGUACAGAAAGCUAUUAUAAACAGCAGCGGCCAGGCGGGCAGCAUCGAGUACAAGGAAUAUUUCGAUGCGCUUUCGUUGACACUAUCCGACUUCCCUACAUUGUUGCAGCACUCGACGUUCAUUUUCGUUCCAGGCGAUAAUGACCCAUGGUCAUCGGCUUUUUCAGCCGGUGCUGCUUCCUCGAUACCGCGCCAUGCAAUUCCAGAGCUGUUUACUACCAGGGUGAAGCGUGCAUUCGCUACUGCCAACUCACAAGUAGACCCUACCCGGUCAUCUGAGCCACCUGGUGAAGCAAUCUGGACAUCAAAUCCUUCCCGCCUUACCCUAUUUGGGCCCGUCCAUGACAUUGCAAUAUUCCGGGACGACAUAUCGAGUCGACUAAGACGCAGUGCCGUGAAUCUUUCCUAUGGCACCGACGACGCUAUGGGUGGAGAAGAUGUGAACGCGGCCCCUAAAGAUAUCAGCCCUCUGAAAUUCAGCGACCGGGCUAGCGACCAGAGCCUACAGGCAGGCACCAACUCUUACAUAGCCUCAUCUGCCACGCUCUUUGCUCGAAAGCUUGUGAAAUCAAUCCUAGACCAAGGGAAUCUGUCGCCCUUCCCGCUUUCUUUGCGGCCUGUUCUGUGGGACUAUGUCUCCUCAUUACAACUGUAUCCGCUACCCACUGCACUUAUAUUGGCUGACCCCGAGGCUGCGCCGUUCUGUAUAACCUAUGAAGACUGUCACGUGAUGAACCCCGGGAGGCUUGUUCCGGACGGAGAGCUACCAACUGUUCGAUGGGUCGAAUAUGAUGUCCUUAGGAAUCGAGGCAAGGUAAAGCAAGAACGCUUGUAGCCGGAUCACACACACCCACAUUAUCAUAGGAGUCGAGGGAGUUAUGGAGCUUUUGGAAGUCAGGACGGGUCUAAGGCGCUGAGUGCUUGAGAUCUUUCUUUUUUUCUAUCCUCAGCUGGGGCUCUAGGCAAUGAAUUUUCGUGUACAUAUUUGAAGUAUAGUGUGAUAAUGACAGCUACAUGCGAUGAAAAUGCAGCCAU